AUGGCCGAUCGCUUGACCCGUAUUGCCAUCGUCAGCAACGACAGGUGCAAGCCUAAGAAGUGCCGCCAGGAGUGCAAGAAGAGUUGUCCCGUUGUCAGAACCGGUAGAUUGUGUAUUGAGGUUACUUCUGCUUCGAAGAUUGCUUACAUAUCUGAGGAAUUGUGCAUUGGAUGCGGUAUUUGUGUUAAGAAAUGUCCUUUUGAAGCUAUUCAAAUUAUCAACUUGCCGAAGGACUUGGACAAGGAUACUACGCAUAGAUAUGGUCCCAAUACUUUUAAGUUGCAUAGGUUGCCGGUGCCAAGGCCCGGACAGGUGCUUGGGUUGGUUGGGACGAAUGGGAUUGGGAAGUCCACUGCCCUUAAGGUUUUGGCUGGGAAGUUGAAGCCGAACUUGGGUCGAUUCACCAACCCCCCUGAUUGGCAGGAAAUUUUAACCUACUUUCGAGGAUCUGAAUUGCAGAAUUACUUUACUCGGAUUCUAGAGGAUGAUUUGAAGGCUAUCAUCAAGCCUCAGUAUGUUGACCAUAUUCCAAAAGCUGUGCAAGGAAAUGUGGGGCAGGUGCUAGACCAGAAAGAUGAGAGAGAUAUGAAGAAGGAGCUUUGUGCUGAUCUUGAGCUUAAUCAAGUUAUAGAUCGUAAUGUUGGUGAUCUUUCAGGUGGUGAGCUCCAAAGGUUUGCCAUUGCAGUUGUUGCAAUCCAGAAUGCUGAGAUAUACAUGUUUGAUGAACCGUCUAGUUAUCUUGAUGUAAAACAGAGGUUGAAAGCUGCACAAGUUAUUCGAUCAUUGCUUAGGCCUAAUAGCUAUGUAAUUGUUGUAGAGCACGAUCUCAGUGUCUUGGACUACUUAUCAGACUUUAUUUGCUGUCUAUAUGGCAAACCUGGUGCAUAUGGAGUGGUGACACUCCCAUUCUCGGUCAGAGAAGGAAUUAACAUUUUUUUGGCUGGCUUUGUUCCAACAGAAAAUCUUAGAUUUCGGGAUGACUCGCUUACUUUCAAGGUUGCUGAGACUCCACAGGAAAGUGCUGAGGAAGCUCAGACAUAUGCUCGAUAUAAAUACCCAACCAUGACCAAAACUCAAGGCAAUUUUAAACUUCGUGUAGUUGAAGGAGAAUUUACUGAUUCUCAGAUUAUUGUGAUGCUGGGUGAGAAUGGGACAGGAAAGACAACAUUUAUUCGAAUGCUGGCUGGUUUGUUGAAACCUGACAGCGUAGAAGGUGGAUCUGAAGUCGAGAUGCCUGAAUUUAAUGUUUCAUACAAGCCUCAGAAGAUAAGCCCGAAGUUCCAAUCAACUGUUAGGCACUUGCUACAUCAAAAAAUACGUGAUGCAUAUACUCAUCCCCAGUUUGUUUCAGAUGUGAUGAAACCACUUCUUAUAGAACAGUUAAUGGACCAAGAAGUUGUGAAUCUUUCUGGAGGAGAGUUGCAGAGAGUUGCUCUGUGUCUCUGUCUUGGAAAGCCUGCAGACAUCUAUCUGAUAGAUGAGCCAAGUGCAUAUCUAGAUUCUGAACAGCGAAUUCAUGCUGCCAAAGUUAUCAAGAGGUUUAUUCUUCAUGCCAAGAAAACGGCUUUUGUCGUUGAGCACGAUUUCAUCAUGGCAACUUAUCUUGCAGACAGAGUUAUUGUUUAUGCGGGUCAACCAUCAAUUGAUUGUAUUGCAAACUCUCCACAAUCAUUAUUGACUGGAAUGAACCUUUUCUUAUCGCAUCUUGAUAUAACAUUUAGAAGGGACCCAACUAAUUUUCGCCCAAGGAUCAACAAACUUGAUUCAACAAAGGAUAGAGAACAAAAGUCUGCUGGGUCGUAUUAUUAUCUUGAUGACUGA